UGACACAGCCACCUAUCAAUUUUUGUGCGUAAAUGCAAAGUACGUGCCUUCGCCUCACCCUCAUCGUCGUCUACGGUCCUCGAAGGGCAUCCGCCCACCAUGAGUCAAGGCCAAGAUGCUGCAGAGCAGAACAUCCAGAUGUGGAAGGUCAAGAAGCUCAUCAAGAGCUUAGACAGCGCCAGAGGGGCGGGAACGUCGAUGAUCAGCCUGAUCUUGCCGCCAAAGGACCAAAUCGCGCGCGCGUCUGCGAUGCUGACGCAGGAGUACGGGACGGCGUCGAACAUCAAGUCUCGUGUGAACAGGCUGUCGGUGCUGGCGGCGAUCACGAGUACGCAGCAGCGGUUGAAGCUGUACAACCGCGUUCCGCCGAACGGGCUGGUGCUGUUCGUUGGGACGAUCCUCACGGACGAGGGGAAGGAGAAGAAAGUCUCCUUCGAUUUCGAGCCCCAUAAGCCGAUCAAUACCUCCCUGUACCUCUGCGACAACAAGUUCCACACGGAGGCGCUGCAGGAGCUCCUCGAGUCCGACUCGCGCUUCGGCUUCAUCGUCAUGGACGGCAACGGCACGCUCUUCGGCACGCUCGCGGGCAACACGCGCGAGGUCAUUCACAAGUUCACCGUCGACCUCCCCAAGAAGCACGGCCGCGGUGGUCAGUCCGCGCUCCGUUUCUCGCGUCUGCGCGACGAGAAGCGGCACAACUACGUCCGCAAGGUCGCAGAGCUCGCCGUGCAGCACUUCAUCACGAACGACAAGGUGAACGUGCAGGGGCUCGUGCUUGCAGGCUCGGCCGACUUCAAGACGGAGCUGAGCCAGAGCGACAUGUUUGAUCCGCGGUUGGCGGCGAAGGUCAUCAAGGUCGUCGAUGUCAGCUACGGUGGUGAGAACGGCUUCAACCAGGCCAUCGAACUCGCCGCCGAGUCGCUUGCAAACGUCAAGUUCGUGCAGGAGAAGAAGCUCAUUCAGCGCUACUUCGACGAGAUUAGCCAAGACACCGGCAAAUACUGCUUCGGUGUCGACGACACGCUCAAGGCGCUCGAGCUCGGCGCCGUCGAGACGCUCAUCGUCUGGGAGAACCUCGACAUCACCCGCUACGUCCUCCGCAACGCCGCCGGCGAGGAAAUCAUCGUUCACGCCAACAAGGAGCAGGAAAAGGACCGCGAAAAGUUCAUCGACAAGUCCACCGGGCUUGAGAUGGAGCAGGUGCAGGAGCCGCAGGCGCUCCUCGAGUGGUUCGCGGAGAAGUACCGCGACUUCGGCGCGAACCUCGAGUUCGUUACCAACCGCUCGCAAGAGGGCGCGCAGUUCGUGAAGGGCUUCGGUGGGAUCGGUGGCUUGUUGCGGUACAAGGUGGAUUUGGAUAGCUUGCAGACGGUAGAUGACGAGGAGGACGAGUUCUACUCGGAUGAUGAGGAUAUUUGACGGUUUUGCCCGGCUCUGAGGAGCCCCAUCCAGCUAGGGGACGCCGGGUGGGGUGGAAGGGAGGGGAAGGAGGGGACGACGGUGGUGUGGUGGCGGCGGAACGAGGCGGUCGUCACGGUUCGAAGCGACGUGCCCGACGAGGGGCGCUGCGUCAAGUUCCCGCUGGAAUCAGUCAAGAUCUGGCCCGUUCGCUGCGUGCAGCAGGA